AUGGCUAAUCUCUUCUUUCAGUUAUCCUUGACGCACUUCUGCGAAGUGCAUGGUCCAACCUCUAUUAUCUGCUCUCAGGUUACCCCGUUCGCCUGUUCGCAAUGCCAUCCGGAUGCGGAUCAUUCUCCCGAUUCCAGCCCAUCACACUCUCCUCGUCCCAAGUCCCCCAAUACCCCCGUCAAUGAUUUCAAUUCCCCAAAAGUCGACAAGAUCGAAGAUCACCCAUAUUUCAUGCGACCGCAACCGGCCUCGCCCGAAGAACGAAAUACCCGCGCGGGGAGCGUCGACGGGGAUACAUGCGCCAGCUGUAGCUUGUCUCUUCCGGAAGACGUGAGCAAACAGCUGCCUUCCCCCAGUCGUGACGGCAAGUCCAAUAAUGGAAGUCCCGUCUUGCGCUCCCGCGAGGUCGUAUACUCCUGCGGCAACAGUCACUCCGAUAACGAUGAUCGCACACCCGACCCUCACGCUCAUGCAUCCCCACCCGAUUCUCUACGCUCCGCCUCGGUCGCCUCCGACUCCUCCUGCCACUCACAUAUCCUCACCUACCUCUCUCUCCGGGGCCCACCAAACCCUACCGAUUACGCCCUCUUACGUCGAUCCUCCAUCCGCACUUUAAGUUGCGAGCUUCUCCCCCGCGGUCUCUCCUCCGGUCCAAUCUGCUUCGGUGACUCCGUCGCAGGCUAUACAAUUGCCUAUAUCUUCCGUCUGCCCGAUCCCAUGGCCCGUGGUAAACGACGCAGCUAUGCCUUGGUGGCGCUCGCCGGAAAAGAUGCCGGAAGAGCAUUCCGAGCCUGCCCCGUCAUCUGGCGAGCAUUCGGCCGCAUUGCAACCGGGAUUGUGAGCGCGGCUGAGCGCUUCCAGGAAGACGAAAAGACUCGCGAAGAGCAAACUAGUCCCGGAGGCAUCUCCGGCGGUCGUCAAUUCCCACCUGUGUCCUCCUUCCUAACGGGGCGAGCCACAGACCCAACCGGACAGCCGCGCCGCCUGGGUCAGAUCCGUGCACGCAAUUUAGCCGAGAUUGUCGGCAACGAAUACAUCUUCACCGAGAUCCACGCUCACUUCGUCGCACUGCUACAACAACUAGGGACGAUGUUUGGGGGCGUUCCUAUCUCCGAUGAACGUUUCGUCUGCAGCACCAUGGGCGACGAAGAGUCCCCAAGCACUGCACAGCCAGUGCUUGUCUCUGCUGCUGCCCGCCCUAAGCGUCACUCCAACGCGACUAAAUACGACGGCAAUGAUAUGGACAUGUCUAAGCUGAACAUUUCGGGGCCCCAAGCCCAUCCCCAUCAACGCUCGUCGGUCCGUCGUGGCUUAGAGCUUGCUUUCCACCUAUUUCUUUUUCUUCUUUUUUUCUUCUACCUCCCUUGA